CACAAUUCGCGUCCCAGCACCGUGGGGUCCUCGGCAGAUCGCUGAUCCCUCUCAUUCGUUCUCGUUUUUAGCUCCAGCUGUCCUCUUGUCAUGUGUAGAUAACGUCGUCCCGAAGAGCACGGUGGCCGAGGGAGUCGCUAAUUCGGUCUCGACGAGAUGUCCUCCGCGACCCCCCGGAAGUCGAUCGACAGCUUGGGGUCAGGCACAUCGACCCCUUCGCUGUCACACUUUUCAUUCAGUCAAAUCGAGUCCCCGCGAGCGUCGUCUCAGAGGUUCCCUUUAAGGAGAGGGUCGACUGCCAGCUCGAUCGCUAGUAUUGGCGGCAUUCUCGAUCCCUCCUACCGCCAUGGAUCCAUAGCCGAGUCUGGACAAAAUGCAAUCUCUACCCUCCUCCAACCCCCGAUCGUCCGCACGGGUCUCGUUCCGCAUGCCGCCGUGGCCUCAGCCGGUUACAAGCCUCCUACAUCUCGCGAUAUCCCCCCCGUUACGUUGACCAAUAUCCCGCGCGUGGAUCCUAAAGCCUUCGAAGCCUACUUGUCGCAGGUGGGGUCGUUGUACGAUGUCUUCCAACAGGCGAAAGAAAGCUCCGGGGAUCAGGAUUCACAGUUAGCACGGGGGCAGGAUAAGUCUUCGCCCAAGGGCGAGGAACCCGACUCCUUGGCUCCAAGGUCUCGGGAACGACGGCCUUCGGCGAUAUCGAACAGUUCCCGUGCUAGUUCUCCGUACGACACCCGGGGCAGGAGACGGUCGUCUGGCCGCGGUCGUGGCCAUGGUCAUGCAGUCACACCCCUAUCUACGAUUCCGACGGUAUACUUUGAGGAUGACUUCCACCUGGAGAACCCGCGAACCUUUGACGUCGUCUCGGAAAAGUCUGAGAUUGUCUCGCCAAAAGGAGAAAAUGGGGCUGCCCUGGAGCCGGCUCCUACGGGCAGAAAGGCUCUUGCUACGAAUGCAAUCUUGCAGGAAAAGCUCUCAUGGUACAUGGAUACGGUUGAAAUUCACCUGAUAUCUUCGAUCUCGACUGCGUCUAAAUCUUUUUUCACUGCGCUUGGGUCGCUGCGCGAGCUGCAUGCCGAGGCUGCGGAUUCCGUUAAGCGCAUUCAAGUCCUGCGCAAGGACCUUCAGAAGAUUGAUAAGGAGAUGGCGCUGGGGGGUCUGAAGAUUGUGAACCUGCGACGUCGGAGGGAGAAUGUCCGCAUGCUCGCUGAUGCGGUGGCCCAGCUUCGUGAUGUGGUUCAAUCAGUCUCCCGAUGUGAGGAACUGGUCGAGACCGGCAAGAUCGAAGAGGCGGCAGAUGGCCUUGAAGAGGUGGAGCGGCUUAUGGCUGGUGAAUAUACCCCUACUCCAUCAAAGGGAGAAGAACCUCAGGAGCAGCCGAGAAAGGCAAUUGAUCUGCGAAAGCUCAAAGCGCUGGAAGGUGCCUCUGACGACCUGGCUCAUCUAAGAUUCCGUAUCGGCACCGGCUACGAAAGCCGUUUCUUGAGCGAUCUUCUGGGAGAUUUGAGGCAGCACGUUGAGAAUGCACCUCUAGACGCAACCCUACAGCGAUGGGGCUCUUCGUUCCAGCGGCAGCGCGGAGCACAGCGCUCAGGAGCUAUGCAACCCCCGGCUUAUAUGUCAUUUGAUGACCAGUUGCGGUCGAGAUUGCACAUGCACCUUACUGGUCUUGCUCGUGUACACCACACAACACCUGCAGCAACGGCAUUCAAGACUGCUGUCCUGCGUGAAAUGAAGAGUCUGAUCCGCAAACACAUGCCCAGUUCCAGCGAUGAUGAUAACGAGUCAGUGGUAUCUGUAUCCACACAGAAAUCCCAGCAGCUCAGCCAGCAGGAGAAGUCAUCCAUACUUGCGCGCAAUCUUCGUGCUUUGGACGCCCAGGACUCGUACAACAUGUUAGCUCGCGUCUACACCGGCAUCAGUGAGUCGCUUCGGAGACUUAGUGUGCAGGUCAAGGUCCUUCUCGAUAUCGCCAGUGGGUUGGAGAACCCGCACCCUAUCGGCGUGCGAUCCGGCCCUCCAAGCCCGAACCCCCAAGGACCUGGCAAAGCCACUCCCGAUCUCCGCACAAUGACAACUGUCGUGGCACAAGACGAGAUUCUGCAGGUCUUGGACAUGUCUAGUCUCCUUGGCCAGGCUGUUGAUAUUGCUCAAUCUCAGGUCACCAAGGUGUUGAAGGUCCGAUCCGAGCAGACGUCUCAGUUGCAAAAGGAGGACUUCCUCAAGUACUUCACUCUCAACCGGCUAUUUGCCGACGAGUGCGAGGCGAUUUCCGGGAGAGGCGGUACCGCUUUGAAGACCGUCGUCGGUAACCAGAUCCGGGACUAUAUCAACCGGUUUGGAGAUGGACAACGGCGCCGCAUAGUCGAAGUUAUGGACUCGGAUCGCUGGGACGCCAGGGACUUCGGAGAAGCCGACAACGCCGUCCUGGAUCGAAUCCUUAGCGCGAGCACGAGAGACGUCGAGGUCUGGGUAGAGGCGUCUAAAAUCUGGCUGUCUCCAAAUGGCCGCCAAGGACAACCCCCAGCGAGCACCGGUGUCAACGGCUCUGGGAAAGAGAAGGUGCGCAGUGCCGUGAUCGACGAGCAGAAGUACAUCCUCUCGGAAUCCGGAGUGGCGAUGAUGAAGAGCAUCGAGGAGUAUCAGUUCAUAAUGGCGAACAUACCCAGCAUGAUGCAGGAUAUUGCGCCUGGCCUUCUGGAGUCGCUGAAGCUGUUCAACUCUCGGUCCUCGCAGCUGAUCCUGGGCGCCGGAGCCACCAGGAGUGCGGGACUCAAGAAUAUCACCACCAAGCACCUUGCGUUGUCCUCACAGGCGUUGAGCUUUGUCAUUGCUCUGGUCCCGUAUAUCCGAGAAUUCGUCCGUCGUCACGCACCGUCUAGCCCGCUGAUGGGAGAAUUCGACAAGGUGAAGCGACUGUACCAGGAGCAUCAGUCGGGGAUCCAUGAGAAACUGGUGGAUAUCAUGGGAUCGCGGUCAGCCAUUCACGUCAAUGCCAUGAAAAAGAUCGACUGGAACGCGUCCGCCGGGGCCAAUGGUGUCAGCCCGUACAUGGAGACCUUGGCGAAGGAGACGGGAACGCUGCACCGGGUGCUAAGCAAGCAUCUUCCCGACAUGACCGUGAUGAUGAUCAUGGAGCCCGUCUUCAAGAGCUACCGGGAGCAGUGGACGAAGGCAUACGACGAGGUAACCCUCACCUCGGAGAGCGGCAAGCAACGUCUCCAACGAGACGCGGAGUAUCUGCAAACGAAGCUGAGCAAGAUCGACGGCUUCGGCGACCUAGGCGAGCGUCUUCUCGACCUCGUGAAGCAGAAGAAAAUCACAACCGAUGGCAGCAGUAAGAGCUCGAGCUCCUCGAACACCCCCAGCCCGAAGGCGUCGUCUGAGGCGAACCAGUCUUCGUCCAAGAGCUAAUCUGAAUCUGAAAUGCCGGGCGAUUCGGAUCGAGCCUUGACGGCUCGCUGUAUACACACAUCCUUCCUAUCGCUGCAGGUACCUCCCUCCCUCCCAUCCUGGAUUGUGUGGUCCGGGGAUUGGGGUUGUACAGCCAUCCAGGAAGAAUUCUGAUUUGUUGGUCGAUGUGACUGGCGUACUUGUGCAUACCAUCCAACAGCUUGGCUUCUUCUUCAUCUUCUUAUAUAGAUAUUAAUCCGAUUUAACCUGCA